AUGCAAGAAAAGAGCGAAAGCAUAGACUCGCAGUACGCGUACCUAGAGCAAGCAAGGUACUUCCCGAGAAAGAAGCCAAAUGCAAUGGGGCAUGCGACAUUUCUUAGGAGUCCGGUUUUGUACGCCUCCCCGAGCCCUCUUGACGCUGCGUGGGAGAAAAAGAACGAGGCAGAUUCCGUUUACUACACGAACCCGGGGAGAGCGUACAGGCUGUGGCUGGAGUCUCUUCUUUUCUACAUUAAGCACAUGCGAAAAAGCGAGUGCGUGCGCGAGGUCUUGCACGAGGUGAUUAUAUUCGCAGACUCCAUCUCCACGUUUAUACAUUCGAAGCACGUCCGAGUAAAGCGCAUCUUUUCGACCGUGCGGGGGUCUCUGGACUACCAAAUGGCGACUCUCCGGCAAAUUCCGUGCGAGGUUGAAGCCUCCGUCCAGAGUGCAUACGCUAAAAGGCUCCUGGUAGUGCCAGGGGAGGAAAUUGAAGCGUACAUAGAGGAAGCUCUGAACAGCAUUUAUUACAACUAG